AUGCAGAACGGAUAUAACGACAUUGGGUUUGUUCAGCAAAUUCUUAGCUUGAAUUUGGUCCCAAGGAAAAAUGGCACCAAUCGAGGCAACGACACAUCGCUUAGCGACUUCUCAGGUAAGAUUCAAUCUACAGCCUCUCUCUGUUGUAGCCAGUCUAACAGUAUUCGCCGUAAACCUUGUAAAGUGAAUGUUUCGUUAAGCCAGUUAACCGAUUUAACGUAGCUAGCUAGUUACUACUAGCAAGUAAGCUAAAUUAACAUAGCUAACGUUAGCUAUUGUGAACGUUAAUAAACAAGUACAGUAAGUAGCUAAUCAAGUGCUAGCUAGCCAGCUUGCAAUAACAAUAUUAGCUAUUGUACAAAGCAGACGGUUUUAAAUUGCCCCUAACGUUAAUCCAUAUAUUAGCCACCAAUGGUAUUUGAGAGAAAGUGUAAUGUGUUUGUGAGGGAAAUAUUAUUCUCCAGAUUACUGUGUGUGAGAGAUUUAUAUAAUGUGUCAUCUUUAGCAGCUUAGAUUAUUUCGCAGGGUUAUGUAGGGGUCAGUUUUACAUAAUGAAUACAGAGAGAAUGCUAAAUAAUAGUAUUGAAUUCAGAAGACGUGUCAGAGACAACAGGCAUGCGUGUAAUGUCUGUCUAACCCAGCGUUUCCCAAGCUCGGUGAACGUUUUAGUUUUUGCCCUAACACUACACAGCUGAUUCAAAUUAUCAAAGCUUGAUGAUUAGUUUAUUAUUUGAAUCAGCUGUGUAGUGCUAGGGCAAAAACAGAAAACGUGCAACGAGUUUGGGAAACCCUGAUGUAACCUCUGGGCAAUUCCUUGGUAACAGAAUGACGCUGAAACGCUGAUGUUUCACUUUAAAAUGUACGCCAAACAAAAACCAUACAACUCAAUGCAGAAGGACUAGCUAGAUUACUUAGGUACACAAAGGUUAGAAAUAUGCAAUAUCAUGCAUAUUUGGGUAUUAUUCUACAAACUGGCUAUUAUUUUAAUGAGCUCUGCCCCCGAACAAGACUACAUUUGGUCCGGACCGGACCAGAUCUGUAUCAAUCAUAGACUUUUAAGUUUCACAAGUUUGGACAUCAUAGUAAAGCACAGUACAGUAGAGUAUAAUACUGUACUCUACUCUAGUGUGCUCUACUAUACUGAACUAUACCUUUCUUUACUGGGCUGUCCAAACUUCUGGAACUAGACGUCUAUGAUUGGUUCGGAUUUAUUGAGAGAAUCAGAAAGGGGGCAAAUACUUUUUCAUGGCACUGUAUGUCAGUUUUUGGUAACAGAAUUACAGGACACUAGGCACUAUUUGUUUAACUUACAAAGGCAAUUAAUUUAUCCAAAACGAAAUAUAAAUGUUGAUAUUAGGCAGGGGUCUUCAACAUUGUGUUUUGAUGUAUUUCUAAUAACUUGAAAUACUUUUUCUGGUAGAUGUUUUUUAAGACCCAUUUUCCAUUUGUUUGACCAGAAAUCAAAGCCUUUGCUUAUUCCUAACUUUAGGAUGGAAAUUGGUUGGAAAAUGUUAUAUGCCUUAAUAAAAUAAACACUCUUAGCAUUCAUAUGACAUGCUGCUAUGAACUUCACCUGUUGGUGCUCAUGGGUCCGUUUAAAUGGAAAUGCUAAACAUAGCUCUGUUAUAUCAUGAUAUGCUAGCAUUUUUAUUUAUUUACAUUUUAGUCAUUUAGCAGACGCUCAUAUCCAGAGUGACUUACAGGAACAGUUAGGGUUAAGUGCCUUGCUCAAGGGCACAUCGACAGAUUUUUCACCUAGCCAGCUUGGAUUCAAACCAGCGACCUUUUGGUUACUGGCCCAACGCCCUUAACCGCAAGGCUACCUGACUACACUUACUUCCAUCAGUUGCCUCACUCCCUCUGCUCUUUCUCUCAGAGAUGUGGUAUGGAGUCUUUUUGUGGGCUGCCGUCUCUUCACUGGUGUUCCACCUCCCCGCUGCUCUCCUGGCCCUCGCCACCCUGCGACAACACAAGAUGGCCCGCUUCAUGCCCAUCGCCAUCCUACUGAUGGGCAUCAUGGGCCUUGUGUGUGGCGGUGUCCUCACCAGUGAGUUAUUCACCUCAUCUUCUGAUAAGCCAUAAACAUUAUUGUACACAUAGACAUCACUACUCAUCAAGUCAGUGCUCAAAGCCAUGAUGUUCAAAUUAUUUUAUACAUUGCUAAAAGCAAAAAUGUUCUUUGUGCUUGUAGGUGCCGCCAUAGCUGGGGUGUACAAAGCAGCAGGGAAAAGGAUGAUCUCCUUGGAGGCCUUGGUGUUUGGAGUGGGCCAGUCCUUCUGUGUUCUCAUAAUCUCCUUCUUCAGAGUCCUAGCUACACUCUAGCACUAGGACACAGGAUUUAAAGGAGGGAGAGUGUGAGGGGGAGAGAACAUGCAAUCAGCAGGACGGCAUAUGCAAGACACAGCUGUUCCUUCAGAGGCCUUAUUUUCUAUAA